UACUUCGGGGGCAUGCGCAAAACUGUCAAACUGACAAAAAUGUAAUAAAAGCAUUUUUGCAUCUCCGUGAAAUGUGAAAAUAAAAUAUUUUGUAUCAAAAUUAAGCCAGAAAAUGGAAGAAAAAUUGCGAGCUAUUAAAGUGCGUGCCGUUUAUGGUAAACGUAUUGUUGAAGGAAUGUAUUAUCCUGACUUGCCAUCAGAUGGAGAGGAUGCAGAGCUUGAGAAGCCAACAAGUGCUCCGGAAAGCAAGAAAAAAGAUCCUAAUACAAGGCCUAAUAAAUGCCCUCACUGUACGAAAACAUUUAAAUUUCCUUAUGAGGUACGAAGGCAUUUGGAAAGUCAUAGGGAGAAGGAUGAACGAUAUGGCCUAAAGUGUCAAAGAUGCAGACUUGUUUUUCCUUGGAAUGAAAGAGAAUUCUAUGAAGCUCAUCUCAAGACUCAUCCUGAAAUUGAGAAGGAGGAGCAGGAAAGACAAGAAAAUAUAAAGAAGCCAGUGGUUGUUAAUGAAUAUCUCGACAGUUCUGAUGAAUCUUCCGAUGAAGAGGUCUGUGUCAUAAAAGUACCUUCGAAUGAGAGACAAACUCCUAAACCAAAAUCCUUACCUCCCCUCACGCCAAUUUCAUACAAAGGAGAGAUGAUUAAAGAUUCAAAAGGAAAUAUUUUUUACAAAUGCACUAAAUGUCCGAAAAAUUUUGAAAAUGCACAAAAAAUUGCAGUACAUCAACUACUUCAUUUGAAGCCUGAUAAUGAGAUCCUGUGUCAAAUUUGCAAUAAGUCUUUAUCAUCAAGGGACCUCUACAAACGGCACAUAGAACAGCAUGUUGCAAAAUUGGCAGCUUCUUCAAGUACAAAGACUAAAAAUUCCCAGACUGAAGUAAUUCACCUAGGUCCUAGUGGAAGGUUCGUGUGCCCUACGUGCCUGCAGGAAUUUAAAUUUAGGCAGUACCUCUUCAAUCAUAUGGUUGUUCACAAUGGAGAGAAAACUUUUGAAUGCGAUAUUUGUCACUUGGCAUUCAAAACCCCCCGAAGUCUCGCAGUACACUAUAAAAUUCAUAAAAAUGAUAAGAAAAUUUUCAAAGAGACGAAAAGCAAUAAUAAGCUUGAUGGAAAAUGUCCAUACUGCGAAAAAGUCUUAUCGAGUGAACGACUGAAAAAAGCGCAUAUCCUAAAUGAUCAUAGAGGAUUCCCGAUAACAAUUAAAAAUUUCCCAGUGGCUUGCAAAAUCUGCAAAGAAAUGUGUGAUAAUCGAAUUGAUCUCAUAGAACACGUCAAGCAGCAUCCGGAUAUUUUGCCUUUUGAAUGUGCACACUGUUGGCAGAGAUUUCGUGAUAAAUUCUCAUUGAAAGUCCAUAUAAUAGAUACUCAUAGAAGGAGAAAAAUGAAUUAAAACUUGAGGAGUAUUCAAUAUGGUCAUGUAUCAAAAAUAGAUUUGUCAUGAAAAUAAAUUGAUAAAGUUUAA